CAGCCCGCCGAAGAGGCCGGGGCUGCGAUUCCCUCCUGUUUGCGUGAUGUCGGGCCUGCGUUGGGUGGGCUCCGGGGACCUCCGGGCGCCCACUGCUGUUCCUGUGCUCUGGGCGUUGUGCAAAGUCAGAUCGUCACAGCGCCUGCUCAGCCCCGAGGGAGGGGGGCCGAGCAGACCGACGGGGAGCAGACUUCUCACCCGUGGUCACCGGCGCCUUGGACUGAGCGCGUUCCACUGCCCUCCUUCCUUGCAGCCAGAGGACCUAAUGAACAUGCAGCACUGCAACCUCCUCUGCCUGCCCGAGAACUACCAGAUGAAAUACUACUUCUACCAUGGCCUUUCCUGGCCCCAGCUCUCUUACAUUGCUGAGGACGAGAAUGGGAAGAUUGUGGGGUAUGUCCUGGCCAAAAUGGAAGAGGACCCAGAUGAUGUGCCCCAUGGACAUAUCACUUCAUUGGCUGUGAAGCGUUCCCACCGGCGCCUCGGUCUGGCUCAGAAACUGAUGGACCAGGCCUCUCGAGCCAUGAUAGAGAACUUCAAUGCCAAAUACGUCUCCCUGCAUGUCAGGAAGAGGAUCAGUGAAGUGGAGCCCAAGUACUACGCAGAUGGGGAGGACGCCUACGCCAUGAAGCGGGACCUCACUCAGAUGGCCGACGAGCUGAGGCGGCACCUGGAGCUGAAGGAGAAGGGCAGGCACGUGGUGCUGGGUGCCAUCGAGAACAAGGUGGAGAGCAAAGGCAAUUCACCUCCGAGCUCAGGAGAGGCCUGUCGCGAGGAGAAGGGCCUGGCUGCCGAGGAUAGUGGUGGGGACAGCAAGGACCUCAGCGAGGUCAGCGAGACCACAGAGAGCACAGAUGUCAAGGACAGCUCAGAGGCCUCCGACUCGGCCUCCUAGAGCCUGCCCCAUCCCUUCCUCACCCCACGAGCUUUCACAAUAAAUUCGCUCCGUGGCACUGGGGAACUUCGUGUGUGUGCGUGUGCACAUUUAGAGGGUGUGUUUCUCCAGGUCCUCUGGUGGGGAGGUGAGCCUCAGCCUUUUGACCCAGAGCAUCCUGCCAGUCCGAAUAGAAGGGAAGAGCUUUGGAGGUGGGACUCCCCAGUCUCAUGGCCUUCAGCAGCUGUGGCCCCGGGAAGGAGGCCCUGGGCUUAGGGAGAGACCCUGCCUUGGAGGUCUGCUUGGCCACGCUGAAUGUGUUUUGUGGCACAAGCCUGGGCCGCUUAGGCUCAAAGCUCAACAGCAGGGCUCCCACUCUUGGUGGCCUUCAGUUCUCCUCCCAUCUUCACCUUCAGACCUUUUCUCUCCCUAAUCACACCUGCUUUGGGCUACAGCAGCUCUGCGGCAUACCCGUGGGCUCCAGAUGUGGACAUCUGACUGCUCAUUGGGCUUAUCUACAGCUGUCCUGAGUAUAAUGACCCAGCCAGACGCCCUGUCAACGGUCCUUGAGUCCUCCCUUCCCUGCCACCCUAAUGGUCAGUGAGUCCAUGAUACCUCUUGAGUCUACUCCCUGAGUUUGCAUUUGAAAAUAAUUUAUUUUUAGUACAGUUCCCCCCGUUUCCCCUAUUGA